UGCAGCACUUUCUGCAUUAUAGAAGGGCCAGAGACUGUUCAGGAUUUUGUUCAGAUGCAGCUGCAGGAGAUCCAAGACAACAUUAAAAGUCGACGCAAUAAAAUUUUUCUUCUUAUGGAAGAAUUGAGGAGGCUGAGAGUGCAACAACGCAUUAAAAGCAUGAAAUGGGAGCCUGAUCGUGAAAAUGAGAUGCCGGAUAUACCGUCAUCAAUUCCCUUUCUUCCUCAUGUGACCCCAAGGACACUGAAGCAGUUGUAUUUGACAAGCUUUUCGUUCAUAUCUGGAAUUAUAGUAUUUGGCGGUCUCAUUGCACCAACUCUUGAGCUAAAAUUGGGCAUUGGAGGAACUUCGUAUGAAGACUUUAUAAGCAAAAUGCAUUUGCCUAUGCAAUUAAGUCAAGUAGAUCCUAUUGUCGCCUCGUUCUCAGGUGGUGCGGUGGGCGUUAUUUCAGCAUUGAUGCUGCUAGAGAUUAACAAUGUCGAGCAGCAAGAGAAGAAAAGAUGCAAAUACUGUCAUGGAACUGGGUACUUGUCAUGUGCCCGCUGUUCAGCAACCGGUUUGCGUGUGUCUGUUGAACCCAUUUUGACAAGCGCUACGGAUCGCGAGUUGAACGUACCAACUACUUGCAGGUGUCAAAAUUGCUCUGGGUCUGGAAAGGUAAUGUGCCCCACCUGCCUUUGCACUGGGAUGAUAAUGGCUAGCGAGCACGACCCUCGUAUUGACCUAUUCGACUAGAGGGCAGGGCAAGGGCGGUUAGAUUGAUUGGCUCAAUUCUAGUACCUCGACCGGAAGUGUGAUGUUUGCUAUAAUAUGGAGCUAACCCCAUGAUUCAUAUGUCACCAAUGUGAUGUUGUAUCAUCGAAUGCUGUAUGUUUAUGUUUGUUGUU